GAUUUACUCCCUUCCCCCUGGCUGGCAGCACAGAGCUGCAUACUGCCGGGAGUUAUUAUAAAAGACGUAAACCAGCAGUUCAUCAGAGCUCUGGCAGUCUUCCUCAAUAAGUCUGGCACAGCCAACCUGGCCAAUUUUGAAGAGCUUGCUCCGUACUGUGACUGCUGGCUCUACACACAGGCUGCUUGCACAGUGCAACACCGGUACCUCCUGGGUGGUGCUGGGCUUGGCUCCAUGACUGGGAUCUGUGAAAGAGGACAGAGAAACCGUGUUGGGCCCAGCCACUUCAGUAGAGGCUCCACAAGUGUGGCCUGCCCAGUCCUCCAAGCCCUGGAGGGGCCAAAAAUAGUGGAAAAAGACCAAGAUGGGGUCCACGAGCUGACACCUCAGGGCAGAGAUCUGGACAGAAUCACUGGAUAGGUGGCAUUUGCCAAAAAGAAGAAUUAG